AUGGAUGAGCAAGGGAUCACAGUUCCCUGUUCUAUCUGCAAAAAUGAACUUACUCUCCCUGAAUUUUUUCUUCAUCGGAAGCAACAUGUAGCUCUGUAUACAUUGGGUUUUGAAUGGAGCGAAAGAAAUAACCUAGAACCUGUGGUGGUUGCUGAUCAUAGACAGGAUAUAAUUACUAAACUACUAGCAGUUGAGAAACUCAAUGAAAAAACCCUCAAGAACAUUAAUAAUGCUUUUGAGCUACUCUGGGAGAAACAAUUAAGAAGCAACUGUAUGAUUACUGAUUAUAUUCAGAGGAGUGCUACGCAAUUAAAAAAUGUGUGCCAUCUACUGGUUAAAGGAGUGGCCGUUUGUAAUGACAGGAAUACGACAUGGAAAGCUAGCAUGAAUGACAGAUUCACCAUAGUGAAUGAAUUUGGCCGUAAACCAGAUGUGUGUUUUUUGGGUUUGUUUGAUGGACACCACGGUGCCACAGCAGCAGACUUGACAGCAAUGGAACUCCACAUUUUACUUCUUCAUCAACUUGCCCAAUUUGAUCCUUCUUACCAAAUGACCCUGGAAGAACAAGCGGUGAUCAAUUCCUUUUGCACGGUGUUUAAAAAAGAAUACACAUGCAUAGAAGAACUCUUCUCUACAAAGGAAAGGACAGAAAAGAGGUGUCGGUACACAAGAAUACACAAUGCCUUUGCUAAAGCAUUUUUGAGAAUGGAUAGGCUUUUACGUCUUGGAAGGAAAGAAGACUCCAAGGUCCGGUGGAGUGGCUGUUCUGCUGUUGCCUGUGUACUAGAAGGAAAUAUUAAACAUCCCAGUGUUACCCUGACUUUGAGAGGAAAUGACGGUGAAGACAUGAUGGCAGAGAACUUCCCUUUUGGGAAGAUGCCUCAAGUAGUUUCUGGAGUGCUACAUGUUGCAAAUACUGGUAAUGUUGAAGCAGUCUUAUGUAGAAAUGGAAAAGGCUUUUGCCUAACCAAAGAACAUACUACACGAAAUAUCAACGAACGCAGAAGAGUUCUUCAGAAGGGAGCUGUAAUUAGUUCAAAUGAACCAUAUGGGCUCAUAGAAGGACAAGAAAAAUCAACACGGGGACUUGGAUUUCAUGGAAAUCCCAAACUGAAAAACGUCAUUAUUCCAGCACCUCAAACUAUCUCUGUCCCAAUAGAUGACUUAUGUCAAUUCCUUAUUUUAGCUACUAAUGGACUUUGGGAAGUUUUAGAUAAAAAGGAGGUUACUGCACUGGCGAUAACAAUAUUUCAAGCAUAUAAAAAAACCUACUCUUCAACCCAAAGGGUACAAAGCAAAGAAUUUUUGUUUUCCCAAAAAAAUGAACCUUACAAAUCAAAAAGUAAUAGCAACAUACUGAAUCAGUCUACACCUGACUCUGAAAGGAUAAUAUCAACUAUAAAUCCAGGAGUUACUUUAUCUGAUUCAAAAUUACCUCAAAGUAUAAUCAGUAACCCUGAAAAUACAGGCCCUCUUCUAUCAGAAAUGACUGAUUCUGAAAAUGAGACUUACCAACAUUCUGCACCAGAAGAUUCAAAUGGAAAACAAAAAGAAUCAUGUUCUCAAAAUUUCUACGAAAGAGCAGCUGAAUAUCUCAGUCAUGAACUUGUGAAUGCAGCUUUAGCAGCAGGGUCAAAAGACAACAUUACAAUUAUGGUAAUACUUUUCAGUGGACUGGAGUAUCAAAUUAAUCUAUGA